AUGCACAGAUUCCCAUUGCUGUCCCUUCCCGAGCUCGUGCUCCAAGAAGUUCUGGAAAAUGUGUCUUCUGCUGAUGCAUUCGAGCUCUACCAAUGCUCCAAAAACGCGUCGAAGGUUCUCAGAAAAGGCGCCAAAGGCCAGAAAUACUUCAAAGUGGUCGUCGACUUCUCCCAAGCCUGGUUAGAGAUCCACAACGUUCGUCGCUACACAAUCAAUGAGAAAACCAAAACCGACCCGCACCCAGACGAUUCGUUGGAGCUCAAAACAUUUGGAGAAUCUGCUAUUGAGUAUAAAGUCAACGCUCUGAAGGAGUACCAUACCUACUGUGAGGAAGGAGAGAAGAUUGUUGCCCUUCAAAAGAUUGCUGACCACUUUAUGAAGACUCUUGGUGUCGAUGUCUUUGCUCAGGUCUUCAUUGGAUUGGAGACUCCAGCUAUGGAGGUUAUCGAUUGGAUUCAGAAUUCCAAUUUGAAGUAUGAGACUUUCAACAUCAAUGGGUCCCCUGAGGAACCCCUCGACGCUGUCGGCGAGCGCAUUUACACAGACAAGUUCUUGGAGACCAUCCCUGGCGUCGGUCCCAUUAACACCACCGGAACAUUCGUUAGUAUGAUCAAUGUGAAGCAGGGCUUCCAGCCAGUCAAUUUCUUGAAAAAGCCAUUGACCAUGCUUAUGUUCCACUUGCAUCACUCUCACUUUAUCACUGGAAAGCAUCUUAUGGCACUGAACUGCACGGCGAUUGCUCUGAAGGAUUCGCGACUCACCGCUGCGGACAUCAACGCGUAUUUGACGGCUUGGAAGAAGGGAAACUAUCCAGUUCUGAUGCAUCUGUUGGUGCAAAUGACGAAUGGGUAUACGUUGGAUUUGAAAGAGGUCGUCAAGGGACUGGUUAACCCCAAUGCAAUCACAAAUGUCACCAAUGGACAAGAAGGGUUUUCACCAGAGAAAGCGGAGAUGAAAUGGCCGUAA